AGGGCUGCCGCAUCGUUUUCUGCGCUCGCGUCCGCCAAAAAACAGCACAAGGGAGAGCCCAGCCUCCUUGUUUGCUCGCAAGGGAAGCAACACCGCAAAAAAACAAUGCCGUCCUGGCUCCCCGAGAACUGCGUCCUAGCGUGGUACGCGGCCAUAAUCCACGCCGCCUACUUAACACAUGUCGCCUGCACGGAGGUGUACGACGCGCAGACGCGCUGCCUGCUCCACGCCUUCAACGUCCGCUACGACUUCUCGUCGCUCCAUCCGUUAUUACUAGAGUGGGUGCACACUUUGGAAACAAGUGUUAUCUUGGCGUUCUGCGCCGUGAGCUGCGGCGCGAUGCAGCCGGCGCCGGAGCCGGCGCUGGUGGUCGUGGCGCUCUACAGCCUGUGCGGCGUCUUUCUGAUCAUCUGCUCGCCGCGCCAGAGCGCGUUGUUCUGGAGACGCUUGCGAGUCUCCCUCGCGUUCUCCAUGUUCUUCGUCUUUGCACCAUCUUUACUAGACGAACGCGUUGCAUUGGUAGCGGUACUAGCAGCACAUGCGCACGCGAUAGCCGUGCCCUCCGCAACAAUAACGCGAUUAUGUGCAUUAGGAGAAUGGCGCAGCGUCGGCGUGCUCUUCACGAUACAUGUCGUCGCUCUUUGGCUAGGCGUGCGGUCCGCCUCAAAGGGCCCCUGCUUGUCUGUUGCGGCCUCGGCAUUUCUGGUCUUCGUCGCGCGCGAGCUGGCUUUAGCGUGCGACCGGAAGUGGCCGCGCGGCGCGUCGCUUUCGUUAAGGGGCUUUGGCAGCCAGCACGCGGCGCACGACCUCUACCCGCCGACGCCCUUCGAUUCACUCUUGGCGGCGCUCCUGCCUUCCGUCGAGUCUCCGGACGAGUUCGACGACCUGCCUUUGUUAUUGGACGCCAAGGACGUCGAGGCGGAGACGGAGAUGGUGUAGUUUUUUUGUGGCCUCUCCAAUCAGGCUUCCUGUGUAAUUGCUC